GUGGGCACAGGUGGGUGGCACUGGUGGGCAGAGGUGGGUGGCGCUGGUGGGCACAGGUGGGUGGCACUGCUGGGCACAGGUAGGUGGCACUGCAGAGUGGCACAGGUGGGUGCACUGCUGGGCACAGGUGGGGGCACUGCUGGGAAUGGGUGGGCGGGGCUAGUGGGCGCACAGCUGAUCGGAACUUGCGGGGGUCACUGCUGGGCACCGAUCAUCAGGGCACUGAUCAUCAGUGCCCUGAUGAUCGGUGCCGAUCCCCGCUCUGACAACUGCCGGUUCUCGGCAGUACUUUCCUCACGAUCUGACAGCGUGAGGAAAGUGCAGCCGAGAACCGGCACUUGC